AUGGGACACUAUAUACGGCACGCUUUUUCAGACAUCGAUGCUCAUGCUGAAAGCCCAUGUCCACACAAUGACAUCAAUUGCAUCAGACGGUACUUCGUCCAGCACUCCCAUUGCAAGGUGGCCCAUGGCCCUGUGCCAGAUCCCCUGAUCAUGGACGGACUUACAGUAUAUUUAGCUAUUCCUAAUGUGACAGCAAUUAUGAGCACUUUUAAAAUAGAAGGUCUUAACGGAAACGUCGCUGUUUUUACAAUCAAUCGGAAGACCAAUAACUUAGUAAUAGAAGCAGAAAUGAGAAAUGUUACCGUGUAUGGUCCGCAUCUGAUUUACAAAUAUCAUCGAAAGGGAAAGGAAGCUGUUCGACUCUCUGAUGAAUUUAUCAUUAGAUUUUCUUCCAUGACAUUCACCGCUACGAUUCCAAAUAUUCAUAACCUGGAGGUUUCGAAGACUGAAGUGUUUACGUAUAUAGGCGAUAGUCGUCCUCUUUACGAUAUUGGAUCUGGACUCUUCAAAAGUCACAAUAAAGACGUCAUAGCAUCGUACUCUAAGUUAAUAUCAAAUAUGCGAGAAGUUACAAAGGAGGGGAUGGCAUUCUUAGGACCAAUAAUAAUGUUGAAUUACAUACAACAUAACAUAUGUGAUUUUGGUUUGAAGAUGUCAAAUCAAAACUAAAUAACACACAGACACAUUCACACCUCUAAUUCCCGACGGGGUAGGUGGAGGCGCAUCUGGUGCAGUCAUCGAAGACUUAUCAAUAUGAAUCAACCAUCAUCAGAAACAUCAUCACGUGCCUACAUUGCGAUGUGUGAUUUCAUUUCUUGUUUAAUUAAGUGUACUGUAACUUUCUUAAUAUGUAAAAAGAAAUUCUUUUAGUUCCUGAUUUGACUGAACUGUGAUUUAAAAAAGCUGCAAAUGUCCGCCUUGUGACCAUGAAGGCUUUAAAUCUUCGAGUCGAGAGAAAAUUCAAAUAUAAAAAAAAGAAAACGAUAAAAUCUGGCAACUACAUUUAUUUCGAUGCGUUUGGUAUAUGAUUUUACGAAUUUAAAGGCGCUAGAGAAAUCCAUGGAAAAAUGAUUGGCCGAUGUUUUCUUUACACAAAGCAAUGAGGCCAUGCAAAGAAAUCUAUGGCUUUAACUGCUGCAUCUGGUUGUUAUUUGGUUUAAACCUGAGGUUCCCAAAGUUUCCUCAUAGACCACUUUCAAAACUUUGCUGGCUCCGGUUAACCCUUUGCAGUUAAAUUUCUACCAUAUUCCCCAGAAUAUCCAAGUUUUUACAUGUCGCUAAGCUUUUUAAAAUAUUACCUGUCUACAUUAAUAGAUGAAGACAAGCUAACAUUUUAGUUCUUUACAAUCAAAACCAGAUAAAUAUUCGUGAACACUUUUUUUUUAAACCCUGCUUACGAAUUAUG